GUCGUUCGAGCCGCACGCUCGCCAGUAACGCGACCCCACUAUGCCACGCGAUUCGCGAUGUCGUUACCACUGCGUGAAUAUUUAUGACGCGAUCGAGCACACCGCCUCAUUAUAAAUGGCACAGCCGACUUCGCUGUCUUACCAUAGUACGCUAAAGACUGUAAAAUGGUAAUAAAACAAACUGUUGUGAAUAGACUCGAAGGAAGAACUUUUAAUCGUAUCAUUGUGUAUGUGUUAUUCUAUUGUCAUGUUGUUGAGAGGAGCACCGCGGCGGAGAUGCCUCACGAGUGCGCCUACCGCAGCUUCGAGGCGGAAGCGCCGGAGAAUGCUAUACUCUUCUGCAAGAUCCGAACUAUUAGCAGUCUGGAGCAUCUGUUGCGGAACAUCAGCCGGACGCAUUUCGACGAUUUGAUUUCCUUGCACGUGCAAUGUAGCGAAAUCCUCUUCUUCGAAAGCACGCUCGCAACUCACACCGACAAAAAUUCCGGAAAGAGCAGCGACUUGAGUAAACUAAGGGAUCUAGUCAUUGACAAAUGCAAGAUACGUCAGAUACCAGCGCGUGCUUUUGAAAACUUUAAGGAUCUGAAACGGUUGCAUGUCACGACACACAACAGUGAAUGGUCCGCUAUGACAAUGGAGCUCCACGAGCAGGCAUUUUCAGGUUUGAAUGAACUCAUCGAGCUCAAUUUAAGUGAUAACAACAUAUGGAGUACGAAAACUGAGACGUUUUGUUGGUUGUAUAGUUUAAAAACUUUAAAUUUAAGUCAAAAUCACUUACAGAACAUAAAGACAGUUGGUUUUUCAGAUUCGUUAAGAGAGCAAAAUUUGAGCGUAAGAAGUUGUAAUUUAGUUUUAGAGACCCUUGAUUUGUCAUACAAUGAUUUGAUUGUUGUUACCGAUAAUAGCCUUUCGAAGCUUCGUUCGUUGUCAAGAUUGUUUCUGCAAAACAAUGCUAUCUCGAGUCUCGAAGUGGGAGCUUUCGCUGGACUUCUCGGCUUACACGUUUUAAAUUUAUCCAGUAAUUUUAUUAAUUCGAUUCCGCCAGAUCUGUUUUCCGAUACCAAAUCUCUUAAGGAAAUAAUAUUAAGUAACAAUACAAUAAACGUGCUGCCGCCUGGUCUUUUCGAAGGCUUAGACCAACUUCAAACAUUAGACCUUUCACAUAACGAACUAACUAGUCAGUGGAUUAAUAAGGGAUCGUUUGUAGGGUUACUGCGUAUGGUAAUUUUAAAUCUCUCAUAUAAUAGACUUACAAAGAUCGAUCGUUACAUGUUUCAAGAUUUGAACAGUUUGCAAAAAUUAAACUUAGAGCAUAAUGACAUUACAAAUAUUGAGGAGCACGCUUUUGAAGAGUUAAGAAACUUGCAUUCCCUGACUUUGUCACACAAUAAACUCUCCCAUAUACAUACUCACCUAUUUACGGAUUUGCAUGUGCUGCAUGAGUUAUUUAUUGAUAAUAAUAAAAUACGACAUAUUGAUGAAAACGCUUUUGACAACAUGACAACUAUAGAGGAUUUGGGAUUGAAUGAUAAUUUAAUGUCGUCCAUACCCUCGUCUAUACGCAAAUUACGGUCUCUGAGGUCACUGGACAUCGGAAACAACAACAUAAGCCAUCUAAGCCGAGAUCAUUUUCGCGGCUUGUCUGAGCUUUUCGGGUUGCGGCUAGUAGAUAACAAAGUUACUUAUUUAAAUGAGGACACCUUCGAACAUUUACCUCAAUUACAAGUACUUAAUUUGGCUUCAAAUAAAAUUAAACAUGUAACUCCCGGCUGUUUUCGUAAAAACAUAAAUCUUAAAUUACUACGUAUGGAUGGAAAUGAGAUAACGUCAUUCGAUGGAAUUUUCUCUACUCUAAACAACUUAGUUUGGCUCAAUAUGUCGGCGAACAAGAUAGUAACAUUCGAUUUCAAAAGUUUUCCUAAUAGCUUAGAGUGGUUAGAUUUGCACAUGAAUCAUAUCGAAAGUUUUUUAAAUGACGACUUGUACUAUACUGGUAAUAUAAAACUAUUGGACCUUAGUCAUAAUAAUAUAAGCCAAUUAACAGUAACAUCCAUACCGAAAACAGUCGAAAAGUUGUACUUAAACGAUAAUUAUAUUCAACAUAUUCAAGUCGCUACGUUUUCCAAGUUACAAAGACUUUCUUUGGUGACUUUAAAUAAUAAUAAACUCGUUCAAGUUGACAUGAAUGCCUUUCGUUUAGAUCAAAUUGAUGAAGAUAGUGAUUUACCUGAGUUCUUUAUAAGCGGAAAUCCAUUUGUUUGUGACUGCUCAAUGGAAUGGAUUCAACGCAUUAAUUAUUUGAGCCACAGUCGACAGUACCCUCGCACAUGUCACCUUCUGAUUUUCUCUGUCCCUACGAAAGCCAUUGUUUCGCUCUGUGUCAUUGUUGCGAUUUUGUUGCUUGCGACUGUGAAAUGAUUUGUCCCAAUAAUUGCAAAUGCUAUCACGAUAUAACAUGGAACGCAAAUGUUGUUGAUUGCUCUAACGCGGGCUAUACAGA